AGUUCUUAGCUUCUAUAUUUAAAAAAUGAAAUUGACAUUCAGGAUCAGUCUUUCAUUGUGUAGCAUGAUGGUAUGUGAAUCUGAUGUAUCUGUUUCAUAUUGAAUAUGAAAUAUUUACAAAGUUACACCCUCAUCUUAUGGGGGAUUUCAUUUUCCUUAUAUAAAUCCUGUCAGUGAAAAGGGUUGCAAAAAACAGAAGCCCUUAUAAGAAACAAUGUCUGAGUAAUAUGAAAGCCAUCUUAUGAGUAAAGUGGGGGGAAGCAUAACUCAGGGCUUCUGAAGAUGUGUGUGUGUGUGUGUGUGUGUGUGUGUGUGUGUGUGUGGUCCAUCUUAAAUGGAACAAGCCUGUGUUCCCCAGAUGUUCACUUUGUCUUGCCUUUGACAGGUUUACAAUACUGUAUUUAGUUCUUUUUCUAUUGUAAAAUAAAGGUGCCAUUUCAUCACUCUGUUGUGCUGUGUAGAACUCUUUAAAAGCACAGAAUGUCAGAGAAGUCACUGAAGACCUUCAGCAAGCCAUGUUCUGAAAGGAAUAACUUAUCUCUUCCAGAACUCCAGAGGGCCAAUUCACUAUUUACACAAUGUUUUUCCCAGUGAACAUUCUAGGGUUAUCUAAUGCACAGCCUGUGACUAUCCAGUCCCAAAAGUUUUUUUUUGUGACUCCUCCAUUUGUCAUUUUAAAAAUGCGAUAAUAAUAAUAAUAAUGCAACUGCUUCAGUGGGUUAUAUGCUGUGAUGCAAAAAAAGUCUGUGUUUUUGUUAAUGUGCUGAAUGCUCCUAUAUGUCCCAUGCUGUGAUGUCAAGCUUUUUUUUUUGUGGCCCUCCAAGGCCCCCACCCUAACUUGUCUAUUAAAUUGUUUCUUUCUGAAUGCUCUCAUGUGCUUGCCCUGUUUUGAUGCCAAAAUUACAUUUACUGACCACUCCUGUGUCCCCUGCAAUGAUUCUGAUACUAUAACUUUUUAAUGACUACCCCUUCAUCUUCCUCCUCCUUUGGUGAUCACUCGUAGCCGAGUAAGAUUGUCCUCCAAGAACAUGGUCUUAACAGUGAGUCGUUAAGUGACUCUGGAGGCCAAUUCUAGAUCCACAUGUCCUUCCACAGUGGGUACAUAGGUUUCCAGGCAGGAGUUGAGGGUUAGCCAAAUGUGCCUUCCUCUUAGCUCAUUUCUCCUUUUUGCCCUGAGUUCAUGCUUCUGCGAAGUACAUGACACCUUUGGUAAAGGCUGUUCUCCAAUUGGAGCACUUGCAGGCCAGUGUUUCCCAGUUAUCAGUGCUUAUGUUACAUUUUUUUAGAUGUGCCUUGAGAGCGUCUGUAAACCUCUUUAGUUGUCCACCAGUAUUUCGCUUUCCAUUCUUGAGUUGGGAAUAGAUUAGUUGCUUUGGAAGACAAUAAUUGGGCAGCCACACAACAUGACCAGUUCAACAAAGUUGUUGUUGAAGAAUCAUUGCUUCAACAAUGGUGAUAUUUGUUUCUUCCAGUACACUGGCAUUAGUUCAGCUGUCUUCCCAAGUGAUGUGUUAAUUUUUCGGAGACACCGUUGAUGGAAUCUUUCGAGGAGUUGGAGAUGGCGUUUCUAAGUGGUUCAUGUUUCACAAGCGUACAGUAAAGUUGGUAGCACAUUAGCUUUGUAUGACUACCCCAAUCCCCUCAUGAGUGUAUCAUUUAAAAACAAUGAAUUCCUAUGUUCCAACCAUGCAAGUAUUUAUAUGCCACUCCCAAUCCAUGCUGAAUGGUAGCAAAAUUCCAGAGGGUUCCAGGUGCUCAUCCAGGGUUGUGAUCCAUGCUGUCAGUGUAUGUUAGGUAUGAAUGAGAAAAAAGAAAGUAAGUCCUGAGACGCAGGGUAGAUACCCCCUUUCAACUUUCCCUGUUCCACAACGUUUAGUUCCAGUAAAAAAAUAAUAAUAGUAAGCUGAGGGACAUAGUGUGAUGAUUCUGGCUGCGGUUUUAAAUACAGUACACACACAAUAUGAGCACCAUCUAGUGGAGACAGUGAAUAUCUGUUUAAACAAACUCCCAUAUCCAGUUCCUGCCUUUUUGUCCUUGAUAUACUUCAAGGAACCCACCACAAAGGAUAUACUAUUUUCUUGAUGCGUGAUAUUGGAGUCUACACUUGUCAGAAAUGACUGGGGCAUAAAAGACCCUCCCCCCAAAAAAACCCAAAAUAGGGGCCCAUUAGAUUCAUGUUUUGCUUAAAAUGGAACAAAACAGGUUAUGACUACACAUCAUGUGUUCUAACACUGAGCAGCUUUCCUCAUCCUGGUGCCCUCCAAUUUGCUGAGGUUGAUGCGACUUGUAGUCCAAGAUAUCUGAAGGGCACCAGGUUGGGGAAGGCUGCCUUGGACCAAUGCAACUUCAUCAGGGCACCAAAGCAAAGGGAUUCUCAGUUGGUGCUGCAGUGCUCCAGUUAUCAGAUUCACCUACCAUUCCUUGAUUUGGCAAAAUACAAGCCCAAGUCAACAUUUUAAAAAUAGUAUAAGGCAGUGUUAUCAGAUAACUUUCUAUUUACCUUUUGAAAAGGCUUUCCUUUUCAAUUCUUAUAUCAAUCCCCACCCGAACCUAUACUGACCAAACAAUUCUGUUGAUCUUCCCACUAUUAUAUCAACUGUUUGCCCCAGCAGCGUUCCUCACUAAAGUUUCUAUGCCUUAACAGUCUGCAUGGCACAGAAAUGGCCAACUGGACAUUCCCCACAACAAGGCUGUGAAAGGGAAAUAUUGGGACUUACUAUACAUUUGUUUUCUUUAGGGAAUGAAGGGUAUCCAUGGAUAUAUGGGAUCCAAUGCCAUGCACCUGAGAGUUCUCAAAUAGCUCAAAUGUGAAAUUGCUGAUCUUCUAAAAGGUGAGAAGGUUGGGGGUCUUCUAAACACUUAUAAAACAUCCUGCCAAUCCAACUGCAAAUACAGGUCAGGACACUGUUAUCUCCCUAUUGCUGGGGCCUGAAUGUGGAGACCUGUGAGGGAAUGGCUAGUCACAAACAAAAUCCGAUUAAUACUGCAGAUUAAUUGCUGAGACCGAAAGAGGAAUUUACAACAAUCCUGCAAAGUAGUACAGUGUUGAAGUCCCUCCGACUCCCUAGUGGUAGGAAGGCAACGCUGGGUGAAGGGCUUGCAAAGCUGAUCAUAGCAGAAGCCCCGGGGGAAGGAGUGAGUGGCUGUCUGCACUGGAGGCAAGUUGUGUAAUCAAAGCCAUCGCCCUAAUCCUGUUUUCCUCCUUCUUCCCUGACCCCAAAGCAGUUUUAUGAGAGGGCAUAUUCCAGCCCACGGGAAUCUUUCAGUCUUACUAAUACCAAUGUGUCAGCCUCCUUUCACAAGUUUCCGUUAAGGAAAGAGUGGUUUGAUCUCUUUAAUUGUUGUGAAGGAGUAAUUUUAGACUUAGGCCAGGUAUUUGGCGAUGCUGACUGGGACUGAUAGGAGUUGCAACAUUUGUAGGGCAGCAGAUUUGCCAAGUUGGUGACUCCCAGCUCCUCCUCACUGCUUCUUAUUUUCUGAUCAUUGCUGGUUUGCCUUUCCAGCACCCCAGGGUGCAGCAAAUUACUGUAGUCAAUUGCAUUGCAGAUGCUCUUGUGUCAACUUGAUGCAGAUACUUCUCGCCUUCACUUCCGAGAAGCCCAAAACGAGCAUUAAAAGUCAAAACGGAAAUCGCCAGCGCGUGUAAGUCUACACUUUUUUUAAUAGAUCUACGACUCCACCUAGUUUCCCCUUUCGCGCCUUUUUUUCUCCCCUACGUUCCUUCAGGCCUCUGCGUCCCAGCAACCGUUACACUGUCACUUUUAAAACAGCACUCUGCUUUUCUUCUGGCCCUGCGGGUAAAGCGAUUGGCUAGCCAAAGCAGGCCGCGAUUGGUCAAGCGACGGAGCAGGGUGGGGCCGAUUCGUAGUUCCUUUUCUUCCAUCCGUCUCCUGUUGGCGGCGGGCUUUAAGCUUUCCAGCCAGGCCUCUACCGUUGCACGCGCGCGUUUCUGCGAGGACCCUUCCGAGCUGUCUUAGCCACCCGCCUGAGCCCAAAAGAACAAGGGAGGCAGGGAGGCAGCGAUUUUGCUUGCACCAGAAGCGGGGGAGGGCCCCAAACCAGCUAGGGAGGCAAUUUGCCGAACUUUUCACCGCCUCAGCGGGCGGUGACCAAACCGGCAUCCGUUCAGGGCAACCCCCGAGUCGCCCGGCGCGAGAAACGCGGUGGGGGAACGAGGGGUCCUGGCGGUGUGCAAAACGCGCCAAGUUUCCCGUCGUGGGCGGGUGGGUGUGUGACUGAGCUUGGAGGGACCUCAGAUCCCCUCAGUCUAUAGAGCAGCUGGGGAAGGGGCUAUUCCGGGGCAGCGCCCUCCCGCGCCUCGCCCGCGGGGACCUGGCCAGGACGAGAGGAUGUAGCGGCGGCGGGUGAGGAGAUGCGGCGGCCGCGCCACCAUGAGCGAGCGGGCGGGUGGGGGCGCGCGUUUCUUUCCAGGCGACGGGUGGCCGCCUCUGCCUGCCUUUACCGCCGCCUCGUUCCCCGGGGGGGGGGGGUCCGAGGGAACGACUGCGGGCCGCCGCUGGUUCUCUGGCGCUUCGAGCCCCAGCCCUGCCUGCCUGUCUGAGGGGAGCUUCAGGGAAUAUUUCGCUCUCCCUCCUUUUCACCCUUGAGGCGGAAAUUAGUUGUGAAGUGCAAGGCGCGCUACGGAACUCUCCGCUGCGGUUUUUUUUAUUUGGUCUGUCACGGACGGAGCCAGGCUUCGUGUGGAAAGGGGGGGAUUCGGAACCUCAGUUAAGUAUUUUUAUUGAUUUGGGGGGGGUAGUUGCCCUUCCCCCUUUUUCCUUGGCUCCGCCCGUGGCGUGUGUGCAGGGGGAGCGUGUCUGCCUGCUUCCCUCCUAUGGAAGGUUUUUUCGGCUUUCGGUUUUCAUCCUUUUCGCAUCAAGUGCCGGGCCGAGAGUAUUUUAGGGGGGUCGUUUCUCGAGCUGCCCUCAAAUCUUAGGGCGGAGGGGGAGAUGCCGCGGGGUUGUGUACCGGAAAAGUAACGACAUCCCGACGUUCUUAAGUCUUAACCUGGGGCGAUUUGGCGCUUCAGUCUCCAGUAAAUAGGAUUUCCGCCCUGGCCGGUAGCGUCAGAUUUCUGCACUGUUUCGCUUCCCCUUAACAACCAAAAAAAAAAGUUCAGAAGCCGCCGGCUUUUAAUGUCUAGGUCAAAGGGAACUUUGUAUUAAGCGGUCGCAGUUUGGAGUUGCAUCGCGCGCUAAUCAAAGCGCAGUUGUGUUUCCCGGCCCACUUCGGCGUGUGCUCCGGUUGCUCUUGCGAAGCUGUGUCGUCACAAUACACGCUGCCGCUUACAAAACAUACAAACGUGGUGUUUUAUAUGCUUUUGACAGGCAUGACUACAGGUUGCAGUUUUGUCGUGUUCGUCCCUCGGCGUUCUGUGGUGAGGGGGGAAAAUGCCAGGCGUGCUGCCCAGUGACAGUAGCGGGCUUUCAAGAGGCACCCCCACGAAAAGAAGCAGACUUUCGCUGAAGUUCUUUCAGAAAAGGGAAACAAAAAGAGCUCUGGAUUUUGCAGAAUCGGCAGAAAAUGAGCAAAAGACUUCAGAAUAUGAAUGUUCUGAAAUGUAUGUAAGCAUUUAUUUUUCAGUAACUCAUCACAAUGUGCAGAGAACUUUUAAAGGCAUUUUGGUGGAUCUUCAUUUCUAUAUUUGUGUUACAGUUUAUGCUUAAAGUUCUGUAUCUUACUGUAUCGGUUAUGCAAAAUCUUACUGGCUGUGCUUAAUUACUGUAACUACACAUAUUUGCAUUGGCUUAUGUAUAUCCCAGCCUUCAGUUGGCUUUUAAUGUUUUCUAACAGAAGACUAAUGGAGUAGGCUGUUAACAUAAUGGAUUAUGACUGAAAUCAGUUUGAUUACUGGUAUUCUAUCUUGGUGACAAUUUGUUUUGUAUAUAGGUAGCAUUACAUACAUUCUAUGCUAAUUGAGGGUAGAACAGGCAUAAUACAACCCAAGUUGAUAAGUUUUCAAAACUCCAUUGAGCCCAGUGGAAGAGAUUUAGAAAUGUACUAGACCUUGAACUUUUUUCUGUCAAAGGACUUAGCAGAGUUGGAUAGAGAGUACCCUACAUAGCCUGCUUUGGGUGGAAUAACAAAAAGUGAACUGUUUGUUAAAACAUUAAAUUUGGUAGAAAGGUUUUAAAGGAUACAGGCCUAAGAAUACGUAAUGGGAAGUAAGAACUACUGUAUUCUGUGUGAUUAACUUCUACACACAAGAUUGUGCUGCACACCUUUAUUCUUGAUUGCAGGUUCCUUACACUUUAGCAGUUUGUUUCCAUAUGAGAAAAUACUUUAUUUUAAAAAAAAUAGAUUAAGGUGUCAAAAUGGAAAACUAAUUCAAUAGGCUGCACUGGGAACUUUAAAUCCUGGUCUAAUUAUGGCCAUACAGUAUACUGUUGGCCUAAUACUCCUGUGAAAUGGGAGCUUGUGUGGGAUAAUAAUACUUUAGCCAUUGAAGAAUUCCUGGCCAGAAAGAAAUCUGUUAUGUUGUCAAGGAAAACACAAGAGUUAUCAAUACCAUUUUUGUACUUAUAAUUAUUGUACUUUAAUUAUCUUAUUGUACAGUUAGAGACGGCUAAUUCAUUAUUUUUGGAGUGUGAUUUUUAUGUGGUACCUCAAUAGUGGUACUACAUAGAGCUCACCCCGUCGUGGGGAUUCAAACCACCAACCUACUGAUCAGCAAGCCCAAGAGGCUCAGUAGUAUAGACCACAGUGCCACCUGCGUCCCUUGCUCUGUCCCAGCUCCUGCCAAUUUAGCAGUUCGAAAGCACACCAGUGUGAGUAGAUAAAUAGGUACCUCUGCGGCAGGAAGGUAAACGGCGUUUCCGUGCGCUCUGGUUUCCAUGUUCUGUUGUGCCAGAAGCGUUUUAGUCUUGCUGGCCACAUGACACAGAAAGUUGUCUGUGGACAAACGCAGGCUCCCUCGGUCUGAAAGCGAGACGAGCGCCGCAACCCCAUAGUUGCCUUUAACUGGACUUAACUGUCAUGCGGUCCUUUACCUUUUACCUUACUACAUAGAGCAGGGAUUAAGAAACAGUAUUUUAGCAAAAAGUCAAUUUCUAAAUUUAGAAGACAUUUGCACAUGUGUAUUUUGGAAUAAAACAUAUUUUUUUGUAUGACAGUGACCAGGUAGUUCCUGCAACACAGCCACUUUCACCGUCGCCUAUCUGUUGUGAGAAGAAAGGCAACAUGCUACCUUUCGUGGGCUUGAACAAUCUUGGUAACACAUGUUAUCUUAACAGUAUACUUCAGGUAAGUUCAUAACAGGUUAAAAAUAUAGUGUUGUCUAAAGUAAUUUUGUGUGAAUUAAGGGAAUUAAAAGCUUACUUGGUAUGUAUUUAUGUGUGCUGCAUGAAGGAAGCAACAGAGGAAAGAGGCUGUAGAGAGCAAGAUUUUUACCUUUUCUCUUAUUGGAGACCCAUUGCACAAUAUUAAAAUUUAUUUCAUUCCAUAUAUAUUCCAUCUUUCGUCAUGGAACCCAUGGCAGCAUACUGGUGGUUCCCAGGAGGUCUCCCGUGCAGGCACUGACCAGGUUUCAGCACAUACUCAUAAGUUGGGCAAUUUGCUUUUUGUUAUAAUCACCCUUUUCCAUCUUACGUCCUGAUGGACAUAAGUUGUGUAACAAAUACAUUGCACAAACAUUGAAGAAGAAGAAGAAGAAGAAGAGUUUGGAUUUGAUAUCCCGCCUUUCACUCCCCUUCAGGAGUCUCAAAGCGGCUAACAUUCUCCUUUCCCUUCCUCCCCCACAACAAACACUCUGUGAGGUGAGUGGGGCUGAGAGACUUCAGAGAAGUGUGACUGGCCCAAGGUCACCCAGCAGCUGCAUGUGGAAGAGCGGAGACGCAAACCCGGUUCCCCAGAUUAGGAGACUACCGCUCUUAACCACUACACCACACUGGCUCUCAUAUCUGAAGAUAUGUGGCAGGCUCUAGGAUAUUGUUUUCUUAGUAUGGUUUGCAAAAUAUUAAAAUGAGGUGUAUUUGAAGAGGCUGUACUAUGAGUAUAAUCCAUCAAAAGUCAAGCCAUUGUCUUUUAACUUAACAUUUUCAGUGGAAGUGCUUUAAAAAUACUUGCUUUACCUAGCUCAGAGGGAAAACAAGGAAAACUAAACAUGAAAACAACUGUAAAACCAUAGUACUGAUAAAACCUGCAGUAGCUUGACCCACUAUGCCUCCUUUGUCCAAACGUCUGCUAGAUCAAAACAGUUUCACCUGCCUAUUGAUAACCAGGCCUUGUCAGGAGAUUGGAGUUCCAAAAUGGAACCAGAAUGAUUGAUAACACUUGGAUACACAAGCUAUGUAGCAUAGCUUUAUUUCUGUUUUAGAGUUUUGUUUUUGUUUUUUUGUAACAGAUGUAACCUUAAAAAAAUAAAAAUAAUAUGAGAACUUUGAAGCCAGUCUAUGGCAUUUAGAAAUAAAACUCAAACAACAUGAAUGAAACAGUGGGGCAGGGGGGAAGUUCUUAAGAACCAAUGUACUGUAAAACACUUUUUAAAAAUAACAGUAUACAGUGGUACCUCUAGAUACGAACAGGAUCUGUUCCGAAGCCCCGUUCGCAUCCUGAAGUAAAUGUAAGACAUGAGUGCGCGGGUCGCAUUUUGCCACUUCCGCGCAUGCGCGUGACGUCAUUUUGAGUGUCUGCACGAGCGGCGAAACCCAGAAGUAAUGUGCUCCGUUACUUCCGGGUUGCCGCAGAGCACAACCUGAAAAUAUUCAUCCCAAACAGAUUUCAGAUAUAGUUAUGACCACCUGUCUCUUACUAUUAACACCUUAUAUGCGCAGCAAUUUAUUAAGGCCUGACAUUCGUUCAUCAUAGAGACAUAUGUUUAAGAUUUAUCAUGACAGUUUGGUCUUGUCUUAUUUUGCAACAGAUAUAUAUUUAGACUUAUUUAUUCACUUCUGUUUAUCUACAAUUACAUCUGUUGAUGCCAACUUCUAAAUUUGUAUCCCAUCCCUCCAAGGAACUCAAAAGUGGCACAUGCAUUGGGUCAUCUUCCAUUUAUUAUCUUACUUUUUCUGCAAGAUUGAGUAAAACUGCACAAUCAAAUUGUGGCUUAAUAAGCUAGUUUAUUAAUGAGUGGCAUAACCCUUCCAUGCCCUUUUGUUCUACCCACUGAGCAAAUGGCUAAGCAGUUCAAUAUUCUGUUUAUAAAAAUAGAUUUCUGUUAUACAUGAGCCUGGAAACCUAUGGUUAAUGACUUGUGAGGAUAUUAAGCUAUGGUUUGAAGUUAGCUUAUUAUCUUGGCUUAAUUGCAAAGGUGCUAUAUAUACCCAUAAGCCAGGAUAUGAUUUUUGUGAAUCAGGCCAUCUAGCGAUUGGUCCAAGGUCAACCAGUGUCCUUCAUGACUUAGCAGGGAUUUGAAAGCAGGCCUCCCUGAUCUAAGUGAAAUACUCAUUCUGCUACAUCACACAAAUAUAUAGCUAAAUAUGUGUUUCACAAAUUCUGUUUUCCUUCAUUGUACUGCAUGUCUUGUUCCUAUUUUAGGUGCUUUAUUUUUGCCCUGGCUUUAAGACUGGAGUGAAACAACUAUUUAAUAUAAUUACAAACAAGAAGGAAAGCUUAAAAGGCGACACUGAUAAGGUGAGAACAUAUUGUCUGUUAUUAGGCAUAUUGUACAUAACAAAAGUUAGUAUAUCAUGGGUUCAAUAUAAACAAAUCACUUUUGCUCCUUCCUUUGGAAGAAAGUUUAUUAUGAAAGAUGUCACUUCUGUAGCAGGAUAAUUUAGACUCGGCAUGCUUUUAGAGGUGCUUGCCCCAUUAGCACAAAGCAGUUUGCAUUGAAACCACUUGCUAUAAGGCUGGAAGGUGGGUGGGAACUCAGUUUUAAGUGGUUUGGAUGCAAACCAAUUUUAUGUAAUGGAGCAAGCCCCUCUGAAAGAGCACUAAACCUCCAUCAGCUUAUUGAUGCUAACAGGCAGCCCUGCUUGCAAAGGCGUUUUAAGGAACUCACUUUAGGAUCCUGAUUGUUCCAUAGUAGCUGUCUAUACCUGGUGUCUUAUGUGAUGUCAGAUGUGGGGCAGGUGAACAUGGUUUGCAGGAAAUGACCUUGUGGGUCAAAGUAGGACAUCUGCAUGCUGGUCGUUCCUCACCCUUGUUUUAGAACUAGUCAAAUGUAUCCCAGGAUAGACAGAUGAUGCCUUAUAUGGUAUCUUUUUAUAUAGUAUGGCAUAGAAUUAGGACUGAAGCACAAUGAAGAUUCGUUUGUUAGUGUAGUUCUAUAGUCACUUUCAGACAGUAAAAGGGUCAUUUAAUUGACUUCAGUCUUUGGCAUUAAGUAAAUAACAACCUACUACCGGUACAAUGAUGAUAACAUUUAUACAUUUGAAAUUUUGUAUCACAGAAUCAUAACAGCUUGAGCUGGUGUGCAAAAUGAAAUUAAACACAUCAAUAUUAUGAAAAAGGAUUAUAAAAUUAUGUAACUAGCUAAAAAGAAGGCAACAAAAUUAACUUCCAAAUGCAAACACGUAUUUUCUCUGUCUUUACAGGGGGGAAGUAAAGAAGAUUCUCUUGCAAGCUAUGAACUGGUCUGCAGUUUACACUCCUUGAUUGUUUCAGUUGAACAGCUUCAGGCCAGCUUUCUCUUAAAUUCCGAUAAAUACACAGAUGAACUUGCAACUCAGCCAAGAAGACUACUAAAUACGCUUAGGUACAAAAGAUGUGUUUCUAACUAUUUCUGAAGCAAAUUAUAUGGAAUAUUGUAAUUUGCUGCAGGAAGACAGCCUUUUAAGUUUAUUGAAUUAUUCCUAUUCACAAAUAUGUUCUCCAGCAUCUUCUUACAGUAGAUGUGUUCAUUUCUAGUCACUUGAUAAUGUGAGGUAGCUUAGCAACAAUGCAGAUUAGAGUUUGAACCUGUUCUGUGAUCUCUCAAAUCAGUCAAAUUUAAAUGACUGAUAGGCAAAAAUAAUAAAUCAUCUGUAAUAUACUAGUUUUUACAAAAAUAUAUCUCCAUAAUUCUAAAUACAUAAUAGCCUGCAAAACUGAGCAACUUCAUGAAGCUGUACAUCUACUUCAUUUUAAUUUUGGAUCCCCCAAACAUAGCGUAGUAACUUGAAUUGUACUUAAAAUGUGUUCCCAAGAAGGGCACCUGCCAAAUUUGGCUAUGCUCAUGAAUCCCUGUCUAAACUGUGUCAUUAAGCUAUUUUUUGACAGUGUAUAUUAGGUAAUGUGUUGCAUUUUUUUUUUAAGGGAACUGAACCCCAUGUAUGAGGGAUACUUGCAACAUGAUGCCCAAGAAGUAUUGCAGUGUAUAUUGGGACAUAUCCAAGAAACAUGUCAGCUGUUGAAGGAACAACUGAAACCCAGAUCACUAGAAGAGCCCACAGCUGAACUAAAGAAAACUACUAAUCAGGAUAUUGGCAGUACUGGUAUUGUUGAGGAAGAUGUUAGUUUGAUCUCUGACCAAUCUAUUGAGGACGGUGAAGAUAAAACUAACGGAAAUGCAAAAAGAAAAAAUGAUACAGAGGAUGGCAAUGAAAAGAAAAAAUCCAAAGUUUCCAAAGAGAAAAUUGGAAUAGAAGAGAAUCAGAGACGGACCAGGUCAAAGAGAAAAGCCCUGGAGGAAAAACUAGAAAAUCAAUCUGAAGCAACCGUUAAGCAUUGCAUUGAAAAUGAAAAUACAAAACCAACCCAUAAAAAAUCCAGACUUCGAUUAAAUUGGUUAAAAUCUUCAAGCAAGCAACCUAGCAUUCUGUCCAAAUUUUGUAGUUUGGGAAAGCUGACAACAAACUUGGGGUUCAAAGAGCCUGUUAAAGAAAUAGAAAACUCUGGAUUCACAGACAGUUUCCGCAAGUGUGAAAAUGGCAGCCAAGGAACGGAAGACUACUGUGAUCCAUCAUCUAUUGAAAGCGCUGUCGAAAAAGAAAUUGAAAAACGAUGCCAGAGAGGUUAGCCUUAUGAGUAACUUGUGUGUGUGCCCAGUUUGUUGAGAUCACCUGGCCACAUUUUUGUGUUUUCAUAGUGGUAGAAGAGAUGGAACAAGUCACAUGAAUUGCCUCCUUGGCUUGGCUCUUUUUUCUUUUUCUUUUUUUACCACAGUCAAGCUAUGAGGGCUGUACAUGUUUUGUGGCUUAUUAAGACUACAUUUGUAUAUUAUAUACUAGGAAAUAAGCAUCAUUUAACUCAAUGGGCUUCUGAGUAAACAUUUUAGGAUAGUGCUGUAAACCUAGGAGCAAGACUACUAACCCAACCAUGUUUCAUGGCUGGGUUUUGUGUCUCACUUUCUCCUGUCAUUAACUAUGCAUGGUGGGACAUAGGGUGGAAAGAGAUUGAGAUAUACGUUUAGUUCCAGCACUGUAGCUUUCUUGUACGGCAAAGCAAAGAUGGCUGAUACUUGCCCUAAGCAAGCAGAACAGUGGCAUAUUGCAGGGUUGGGUUAACUAGAUCUGAGUUGGCAAAUAUAACAAGCCAAAAUGUAAUACAGCGAAGGUCAGUGUUUUAACAUUUCUAAUACUUCUGGAUUUAACUUAAUGAAAAUUAAAUCAAUAGUUUUAGUAUUCUUAAAAACAAAAACUGAAAAUACAGGGAUUUCUUUGUAGGGGUAGAUUGGUAAAGUUCUUUUUUAGAUGUAAGAAGCUGCCUAGAAUGGUUAAGCCUGUAUGCUAAAGGAUCUUUUAUCUUGCCCUAUGGAAAAGCAUUUUCUGCAUAAUGAAUGAUUCUUCUUCUCAUACUCCUUUUUGAGUAAACAUGCUUAGGGGUGUGCUGGUUGCAUCUGAAAGAUAGGGCUGCAAUGACAUUAGCGGGUUCAAUAUCAAGAAUAUACCCCCAGUGUAGUGCCUAAUAAGUGAAGUUCCUAAUAAGAACUACAUUGCUCAUAUGGAGUGGGAUCUAAAGAGAUCCAAAGAGCUGUGGAUGGAACUUCCUGCCUUGGCAUACAGUUUUUGAACUAUACUUUGGAGCAUUUCCUCUUGCUGUUUCAGCUGCUCAAAUAUAUGGGAUUUGGAGGAGUAGUGUCAGAUGCAGUAUGAGGAGCUGCAGUAAAAUGAUGAAAUUCAGAGAACUCUGAUAAUAUCUGUUCAGGAAAAGAGUUUAACCUAAUCCGGUAUGUGUUUUCCCUUAGGUUCAGAGUUAGCUGUCUUCGAUUUAGUGGAGAGACUCUUCCAGGGUCAGUUGGUGUUACGAACACGAUGUUUAGAGUGUGAGAGUUUCACUGAGAGAAGAGAAGACUUUCAAGAUAUUAGUGUGCCAGUGCAAAAAGAAGAGCUCUCAAAAACGGAAGAGAAUUCUGAAAGUAAGUAUAAACCACAGUAAAUUUUAAGUAUGCUUGUGAUCCACAUGCCUGUGUUUGGGAGGAUUAUGCAUACUUUCCCUGCCAACUGUAGUUAAAUUCUGGGUGUACAUUUCUAUAUAUAGUUUUAUUAUUUCUUUUUAAGUUGUAUCCUGACAACUUGUCACCUGAUGGGUGCUGACAGACAUUACCUUUUAAAGUACAUAUGCAACCAUUUUCUUGGAAACAGUUUUUCCCCAGCUUACACUUGAUGCCAAGGGUGGGGCAGGUGGGCAUGGUUUGGGGAAAACAGUACUGUGAGUGAAGUUAGGAUCCCUGCUGGGCCUAAUCAGGCCCAUGGGCUGGAGUUCCCUUCUGUACUGUAGAUCAGCUAGUGAACCCUCUGCUUGAUGAAGGAAAUUCAGAGCUACAGCUUUCCCCCAGCAGAGAUUGCUAUUCAGCUCCCAAGAGCAAGGGCCCCUUCCCAGUAAUUUUGUUCCACUGUCAAACUUAAAUGUACAGUAACUCUUGUAACUUAAGGUCACUACUUUAGGAAACAAGUCUUUGCCCUCUUCUGUAUGACAGCCCUACAAGUAUCUGGUUGGCUUGUUACAUUUUUCUUAGAAUGUUUUCAAUCUGCUGAUUUGGUUGCAUUUCUGUGCUUUUUUUAAAUGGCAUUAAUAAAAUGUAAGCUACCUUGGAAGAUGCAGAUGCAUUGGAAGGGUACGGCAUAAGUUUUCUAAAUAAAUAUGUCUUUUAUCCAGGUGAAACAUACCUAGUUUCUCUAACUUUUUCUCAUAGGCCUUGUUUUCCAUAUUUCAUUAUCCUCCAUUGAACCAAUUCCAAUUUGUUUAUAUGCCCUUUAAAAGCACAACACCCAAAACUGGACAUAGUACCUCGGGUGUACAGAAUAAGGUGGCACUGUUAUUUAGAAACUAAGAUUCUUUGAAUACAGCCCCAGAAUUGCAUUAGCCUUUUUGCAGUUGCACCACACUGAUCAAACCUUCUGAGAGAAGAAAUAGGUGUGUGCCAGAGGGGUGGUUGUGGUGUGAAUGUGCUGCGUAUGGUAUUUCAGUUGGUGAAUAUUGUUAUCCUAUAAAACAGGCAUAGGCAAACUCGGCCCUCCAGAUGUUUUGAGACUACAGUUCCCAUCAUCCCUGACCACUGGUCCUGUUAGCUAGGGAUGGUGGUAGUUGUAGUCCCAAAACAUCUGGAGAGCUGAGUUUGCCUAUGCCUGCUAUAAAAUGUCCCCAUUCUGGUUGCUUAGAAAUGUGUGGUCAUACCAGUCUGUAACGUGCUGAAAUGAAGCAUGGCAAUCUACGCAAGACAGAUACUUCCUAUAAUACAGGUCUUAGUUAUAUGGAAGGGUGCAUGGCUCUAAGAUUCUGCAGGUUUCUAGGAUGGUGUUAAACCCCUUCCCCACCUUAAAGAAACUGCCUUCUGUUUGGUUGUGCUGAAGUAUGGAGAUUAGGAAUUGGCUUUGGAGAGUCAUGAGAUCACAGCAGAGCAUAAGCUUUGGAACCCUGAUGUGUAAUUCAGUGUGUAAUUCUCUAGGAUUUUGGCACUUUUAAAAACAUUUGCUCACAUGUCCUGCACUCAUAUUAUUGUGGUCAACAACCUGAUUUGUAUUUAACUGUUUACAGUAUUGGGCAAACUAAAUAUAAGCAACUUUCUUUUGUAGUUUCUCCAGAUCCCAAAACAGAAGUGAAGACUCUGAAGUGGGCAAUUUCCCAGUUUGCUUCAGUGGAGAGGAUUGUGGGAGAAGAUAAAUAUUUCUGUGAAAACUGUCGUCAUUACACAGAAGCUGAACGCAGUCUUCUAUUUGAUAAAAUGCCUGAAGUUAUAACCAUCCACUUGAAGUGCUUCGCAGCUAGAGGAUUAGAGUGAGUAUAGUGAAUAAACCACACUGAACAACCUGACUACUGGAAGUAAAACUUUGCACAAAUAUAAAAUAAUAAGAUGGAACCCACAUCAAGUGAAUUUAACUUCUGGAAAGAAGAGCAUGAACUAUAUUGUUAGGUAUCCCAAAAUAUACUGUUGAGAUUGUGCUUCCCAUGGAAUUUGCACAGUAGCUCCGUUCCUCUAAGCAUGAAGGGAGAGAGAGCAGUGGGACAUAUCAUGCAGCUUCUUACAUCCUUACAACAAAGAUAUACACUCUUGGGGAUCUUGUGUGAUCAGUGUUUCUGAAUGCAGGGAGGGCAGAUACAUAUAAGUGCACAAAGACUUCCAGAAAUGGUGUGCCUAAAAUUAUUUGUUCUUGCUACUACUUUUGAAAUAAUAAUAAAAAAAUUAGUCAGACCAUAUGGGGUGUUAAAAGUUUCCAGCUCAUUCCAAAUUGUAUGCAUGCAAAUAUCCCUCCUAUGGCAAGAUCUGCCAGCACAAGCAGCUCAGGAUGCAGUGGAUCUCCCAAUCCUAGUUUAGCCAAAGAUAUGAUGGUGUAAGUUGCUUAACCCGCCUGAGCUGAAGCUGGUGUUAGUCCUCAAAACAGGGGUGUAGUGGGGCAGGACUAGGGAAGGCUGUAUUCUAAGCUCAUUCAGCUCAAUCACAUGACCUGGCAACCUAUUGUAGAACACUUAUUUUUAAAAGGCUUGUUUUCCCUCAACCAGGUUUGGCAGUAGCAGCCCUGCUGCUUAAUGGAGUUUGCAUCUGGUGUAAUUUUACAGUGGCUUAAUUUACAUCAGCGUGCUUCCAGAGGAUUGCUCCCUUAGUGUGCAUGUACCUUUAAGCAAAAUCCUCCUUCUAAAAUAAAAGUCACGUGAUUCAUUGUCAUUACUUAGGUCACAGUCAAGUACUUUCUUGUAACUCACGCUUUGUUGGGAAAGCAGCCAAUAUUAAAUUCUACUCACCUGGUGAUGAAUAUUUUCUUCAACAGGUAGACCGUGCUAAAGCAGACCUAAAUACUACAAAGUGGACAGUUGUCUAGAGAAAUAAAAAUAAAUUAGGCAAUAGUACAAUAAUAGUAUUUUAUGUGAGUGUGCCUAAACUAGCAAACACCCCAUUAGCCAGGAGAGACUGCUGGGUAACUUCCUUGAUUGCUUCUAGGCACGGUGAGAAUCAGUUGUCUUGGCUUAUUUGCCAUAAUUUUUUCACCAGUUGCAAACUCUCAAAAGACUUAAAUGAUUAAGAUCUAUCCACUAAUAAAUGUGUGUUAGAAUAUGUAUCCUAUUCUUCCCACUGUUUCUUGUAUCUCAUGGAAGGUCUUAACAAAUAUUUUAAAACAGGUAUCUCUUCCACUGUAGUCCCACAUUAUAUAUAUUUAGGUCAUGUUCAUAAUGCAUAAAAUAUAUUGCCAAAUAAACCCUGUUCUUAAUUUUCCACUUUUGUAUGGCUUUUCUUGCUAUUUAAACACCAGUCAGCAUAUAAUUAUAGACUAUCUUUUUUAAGCUUUCAAACAUUAGAUACCUCAGGCAAAAACCAGUGAAUUGUAAUAAAAACAAGGCAACCAACAGUUCCUGCUGUUAUUUAACUGGAAGCUUAAGUGUAAAUUAAAGACAUAUCUGAAAUUGAAUUAUCUAUUGAGUGGAUUCACUCAACUGUCCCCAAUAUGAAUUUCACUGUUGCGAAAUAUGAAAUUAUUUUACAAUUUGUAAGUGCAAAGACAUGGGGGGAAAUUAGCUGGUGUCUUGUUGUAGUGCUUAUUCAGAAAUACCUAUGCAAAUUGCUUACCUAUUGGGCUGUCUUUUGAAAUAACUAAUUGUCAAAAAAAUUAAUUUACCUUUGUAAUAGUUAAAAAAAUGAAAGAAAUUGCUGUUCAGUCACUUGAUUUGUUACAGCAAGAAAUUAAGUACAGUAUCUUAAUAUGUUGGAGAUCUAAAAGCUAAGCACUAGAGUACCUCAUCUUGGCUCAACGUUUGCAAUAUUACUUGGUGAUAAUGCAAAUUUAAGAGAAUUCAAGUUUAAGAGUGACUGAUAUCCUAGAGCAACAGGAAAGCAAACUAGCUGAAUUUUAAAAUUUAAAAGUUUUAUUUUUUAAAGGAGCUGUGCAAAGUGACAACAUAAUCUAUUUAUUACAUUUCUCCCCAAGGUUUGAUUGUUACGGUGGGCUGUCCAAGAUAAAUACUCCUUUACAAACACCUCUCAAGCUGUCUUUGGAUGACUGGAGCAUAAACCCAGGCAACGAAAUAUAUGGACUGUUUGCUGUAGUGAUGCACAGUGGUAUUACAAUCAGCAGUGGGCACUACACAGCCUCUGUUAAAAUUACAAAUUUGGAUAGCUUGGAAUUGGACAAGGACAACUUAACAAGUGAUCCAUUUUGUAAAAUUCACCCAGAGCCACUGAAUGAACAAGAAGCAAGAGCUGUCACUGAGGACUAUGACGACGGUGAGGUCUCCUUUAGAGUCAGUGGAAGUGCUCAGCCUAACAAAGGACUGAACAAAAAGAAUAUAGAAGCUGUGGGGCUUCUUGGAGGACAAAAAAGCAAGCUGAACUGUGAUUUGCCAAGCAACAAAGCAACCCAUUCUGAGAUGAUGGCUAACAUAGUCACUGAAACUAAAAAUGCAGAGCAUAGCCAUGCUAAAGGAGUUGCGGAGUUUGAACGCUGUGAGCAAACUGAUCCUGCUAUUGGACUAGAAAAUAAAGCAAUGCAUGUAAUGCAGAGCUUGAAAGAGUAUGAGGGGAAAUGGCUACUUUUUGAUGAUUCCGAAGUGAAAGUUACAGAGGAAAAAGACUUUCUCAACCUUCUGUCCCCCAUUUCCUCAUCUACAUCUACUCCUUACCUGCUGUUUUAUAAGAAAAUUGUAGAGUGAGGUUGUAUUUUAACUAUGUAAAUAAGUUUAGCAUCUGAUCAGCACUGAAGAGCACCUAUGAAGCUACAGAAUGAUUCACCAGACUAAGAUUCUGUAAAAAUGAGAUGAUUUUUUUUAAAGUGGGUAAUUAUCUUUAUAGAUUAUAUACAGAUCAUAGCAAUACAAACCUGUAUAUAUAGUCUGUUGAAUAAAAUGCUUUAAGAGCACAGUAGCAUUUAAAGGUGGUUCUAAUUUCGUCACACUACUCAUAUUCGCUCUCUUUAAAAAUAAAGUUAUUUGUACUCAUAUUCUAGAGUGUAUAGUUGAUAUAAAUAAAUCUAUUUGCUUUUGC